AUCAAAAGGUAACGUGCAUCAAUCACGGAGUUGGCGCCUCUCGUGCCGCGUCUUAUGAACUUUCUCUCUGUCCCCGGUGUUGACUUUUGAUACUCUGCAUUUCUUCGUUUCUUGAUCCUAACGUUGAUUCGUUCAAAACAAGGCAGGAGUGUUUCCAGUCAAUCCGAUACUACGUCGUGUUCGUCGAAUUUAUAGUGCAGCAGCAGCAGCAGCAGUAGCAAUCCCUCGUGCCAUGCUUGCUCGACGACACCACCCCCACUUCCGCCGUCUGCUUCCUUCAUUUCGGAUGAUCCCAUGUUUUGGUUUCAUGGGCGGAUGCUAGUUUGGCGCAUCCAUUGAACCCCCGUCCCGUUCGCUUCAAAGCAAACAUCCCAAGAUCCAACGAGAAAAAGAAAAAUCUUUUGUCCUGUUUGAUUGGAGGAAGAGAAGAGGUCGCCGUGCAGGAUUGAUUCUCGAGUUGAGACAGAAGAUGGGAUUCGCGUGAACCAAGCGAAACGUCAAGUCAGAUCCAGAUACAGAGUUGUUCUCGAUCUGUCAACGUCCUUUUCCGUGUUUGUUAGUUGAAGUUUUUUGACGCAUUAUAUUAGUUGAAGAAAGAAUCUUGAACAGCUCGCCAAUUCCAGCAUGAGCAACAAGGAUUCGGUGAAGCUAAACGACGAGCAGAUCGCCGAGCUACGCGAGAUCUUCCGCUCCUUCGACCGGAACAAGGACGGGAGCUUGACGCAGCUCGAGCUCGGGUCGCUCCUCCGCUCACUCGGCCUGAAACCGAGCCCUGAGCAGCUCGAGGCACUCAUCCAGAAGGCCGACACCAACAACAAUGGCCUGGUGGAGUUCUCAGAGUUCGUGGCCCUCGUGUCGCCCGAGCUCCUGCCUGCCAAGUCGCCGUACACGGAGGAGCAACUGAAGCAGCUCUUCCGGAUGUUCGACAGGGAUGGGAACGGGUUCAUCACGGCAGCCGAGUUAGCUCACUCGAUGGCGAGGCUCGGGCACGCCCUCACCGUGGAGGAGCUGACGGAAAUGAUCAAGGAGGCUGACACGGACGGUGAUGGCAGGAUUAGUUUCCAUGAGUUCUCGCAAGCAAUCACAUCGGCGGCUUUUGAUAAUUCCUGGGCUUAGUUAGGAACUUGGGUGCUUUUGCCUCCAAGCUCCAUGGGAUUCUAUUGCUUUUCUUGAGAUCAUACAGAUGAUCCUACUACUGUGACAGGCGAGUUCAGAAUUUAGGAUGGAGUACGAUUUCUGUAUGCAGAAAUCAAAUCCUAAGAGUGCUGUGGUUAUGAUGGAUGAAAAGUCCGAUCAAAUUUGGCAGAUAAUGCGCCGGCUUUGCUUGCCGUGGUA